UAAAAAACAGGUCAAACAUCGUGCAGAUAUUCGAGAAAUUGCGUACGGGAGAUUACACCCUGCUGAUGAGAAGUCGCAUACGUACAAUUAUGACAGGAGAAGGACUUUAUCGGCAACCUUUUCAUGUGCACGAGAAAAGCCGUACACGAGGCGAAAGAAGAAUCGACGCACUUAUGAGAUCCACUCAGAGGAAAAUAGCAGAUGCCCUGCAGCCCCGCCGGAGAAUCCUGCCUUGGCUGGCAUUAAACGAGGUAUUCAUGGCCGAAUUUUUUGCGUCGAGACCGAUCAUCCUGACAAUCCAGGCCGACGACGAAGAGACCAUUACGACCCGGUCAUCGGGUAUCUGCGUUUGCACGGGCUCAGGCUCUCAUUCCUGGUUCAGAACGAUGAAUUUACAGUCCACCGAAACCGUUCAAAUGCUUGCCGCUAUGGCAACUGGCAAGCAAUUCGAUGGGACAAAGACUGACGAACUGUUGCUCAAGUAUCACAAUAACCUUCUCUUUCCCCCAGAAGCUUUAAAAAUGGCAUAUAUGAUAUAUGAGAUGUAUCGCAGCUCGCGCUGCUCAAAGUCCAUUCCAGAAAGGCAAAUGUGCAAUAAGGUCAAGAUUAAAUCGAAAGGUUUCGACGCCGGUCUUGUUCUCGAUGGAUGUGUGUCUUUACCCUUCAACGACGGCAGCACUGCAACUUUCGAGAUUCAACCUGAAUUUUCAUUGAAAAAU